GGGAGCGGUCGUUUGCAAUUGCUGCUCGGUGUGCCGUUUUCCUACGGAUUUGUUCGCUCUGUUGUGAGGACGUGGCCGAGUAAAGCAGGCAGUAGAAGCGAAAACAUAAUGCUGGCCAAUCGAUUCUGAUAGUGUGCAAACGUGUGCUUUGUGCUCCGUGAAGUUCUCAGUUUUCCAGUUGGAAAUGUUGUGCAAAAGGGGGGAAAACUUCGUGUGGAUCAAAACCGUGAAUUCACCAGUCGCUUGAAGGAAGUAAAAGUUCGUUACGGGAAGAUAUUCAACAUCAACCCGACCUGCAUCAUCUAAAUGGUCUUAAGAAGCGUCCCACAAAAACCAUUCCGCUGUGUUUUCGAUAGAAUGUGCAUAUAUCCACAGUCCGUGUACACUUAUCCGAUCCGGCUGGAUCAGAUAGGUUACGAAAAGCCCCAAGGUGGUCGCGUUUGAAGGGUGGUAUUUCCUCAUCUAGACGGCUGGAAACGGUCCGCUCUUUUUGCUACCGUGGUGGGAAAGUUCGCAGAACGCGCUUACGCAUGCAAAGAAGGAGGGGAUUUUUACGUACGUAAUGUAUGCGGUUGGAUGCAAUUGUGAGCACGUGCCACGGUAGACAACAGGUUCUAAAAGUGUCCAGUGCAACGCUCCAUUCAGUUUGCAGAGCUCGGAUACGGCAUACACAACGUUCUUUUAUUCGUGCUGAAGUGAAAUAGAGAGAAGGAGAGAGCCGUUUACGGUCACAAAACAUACAGCACAAACCUUUUUUUGUUUUUUGGUGAUGUUCCGUUGCACUAAUUAAAUAAUCACCUUUGCGGGAAGGAACCCACCAGCGUAUGAAGGAGAGUAAAGCUAACGGUGGAGAAAGUGCUUUAGCGUGAAGUGUUCCUGUAACUCUAAACGGAGCACAUCAACCGGGCGGCCAUCGUUAAGGCAAAGAAGUAACCCGGCUUGCGUGUUCGCACGCGUACGCCAUUAAAGCGCCCAAAAGUGGGCAACGUAGUGUGGCAGUAUUAGUGGACACAAUUUGUUUUGUGACUACACCGGAAGUGGAGACGCGGAAAAACAAUGAACGGCAGAAACAGGAGCAACAGUUCGGCAAAGCCAUCCUUAGAACCACCUAAAGAGAUGAAGGAGGAGGAAGAGGAGGAGGAGGAGAACCAGGCGGAGGUCCAGGAAUGUGAGAAGAUGCUAUCUGAGGAACCGUUCGAUUUGGAUGAACUACUUCCAGUAAUUGGAGAAUUUGGACGCUAUCAGAAACUGCUACUAUGGUUGAUAUGUCUCCCCGCCUGCAUACCUUGUGGGUUUUGUGCAUUUAAUCAACUGUUCAUGACGGACGUACCGGAGGAGUACUGGUGUCGGGUGCCGGAACUCGAAAACUUCACCGCAGAGGAACGCAAACUGUACUCCAUACCGUUGGUGGAGCAUGACGGGAUGGAAAGUUACAGCAAAUGUUCCCGCUACGCAGUGGACUGGAAAGAGAUACUAAACUAUAGUGACGAUCUGGAAGUGGCGCUGGCACCGAACAGCUCAUGGCCAACGGAACCGUGUCGGGAUGGAUGGGAAUACAACACCACCGUUGUACAGUCGUCUAUAGUGAUCGAUUUCAAUCUGGUGUGCGAUUACGACAUCUAUCCUACACUCGGUCUGGUAGCACUCAACACCGGCGGUCCCGUUGGGGUGUAUCUGUUCGGGUUGCUAAACGAUCGUCUGGGCCGGCGGAUAUCGUACUUCUCCUGUUUGGCAACACUGCUCAUCGGUAGCUUCAUCACCGCCGCCAGUACCAGCUUUUGGAUGUGGGCGUUCAGUCGAGUGAUCGUCGGCCUUACCAUCCCGGCCGUCUAUCAAAUCCCAUUCAUCAUUGCGCUCGAACUAGUCGGUCCGAACUAUCGGUCCUUCGUCACCGUAAUGACCUGUACGUUCUACACGUUCGGCAUCAUGAUGCUGGCCGGUGUUACCUAUCUGAUACGGGACUGGGUACAGCUGACACUUUACACCUCCGUACCGUUUCUGUUCUACUUUCUUUAUCUGCUCGUAAUGCCCGAAUCUCCCCGCUGGUUACUGAUGAAGGGUAAGCUGGAGCAAGCGCUCCUAAUACUGGAGAAGAUGGCAAACGUUAAUGGUAAGCAGCUGCCGGACAGUUUCCGAAGGAGGCUGCAGCAGCGCGUCCUGGCGGAGAAGAACCGCACGACAAAGCGCACGGAACAGACGAUCGGUGCGUUCGAUCUAUGCAAAACGCCCAACAUGAGACUGAAAACGAUACUGAUCACGUUGAACUGGUUUGCCAACGAGACGGUGUAUCUGGGACUGAGCUACUAUGGACCUUCGUUGGGAGAGAAUCAGUACCUUAGCUUCUUUCUCUCAUCGCUUGUGGAGAUACCGAGCUACAUUAUUUGCUGGAUCAUCAUGGACCGAUGGGGACGUCGGUGGCCUAUGUGUUUACUGAUGAUACUGAGCGGUAUUAGUUGCAUUAUAACUGUCGUUCUAACGGAAGAUGCCGUUACGGAAACACUCAUACUGUACCUGUUGUCAAAGUCGAUGAUAUCGGCCUCGUUCCUGAUCAUUUACCCGUUUGCCGGGGAGCUCUAUCCGACGCAAGUACGUGGUGUCGGUAUCGGCACAUCCAGCUACAUCGGUGGACUCGGUCUUAUUGUAAUUCCGUUCAUCACAUACUUGGGUAAAGAAAAUCUGCGCCUACCACUCGUCAUAAUGGGAUGCGUUUCGGUACUCGGUGGCUUCACCGGACUUCGGUUACCCGAAACGCUACACCACCGUCUUCCCCAGACGCUCGAAGAAGGCGAACUGUUCGGGCAGGACUGGACCUUUGACGAGUGUUUCCGGUGCAUUCCGAGCAAAAAGUCACCAACGAGCUCGUACGAAAAUUUGUCGCACGAUCCGUCUGAUGCGGCACUCGAGCUAAAUGCGGCCGUCCCGAUCAAUGCGGCCACAUUAGCUACCGGGUCGGGAUCGUGCUCCACCGAACGGACACCACUCGAGCUAGCCCGGAUACGCCGCCAAUCGAUGAAACGGCUCGUGCGUCAGGCCAGCACGAUGGAUACGCAGAAAACGAAGGAUGGUGCUAUGCAGCUGACUUACUGGUUUUAAAAAAAACGGCACUAACGGGGCCAAACGAAAGUUUUGUGAUAUACGACAACGAAACAAAAGUGAAGGACACACAGACACCGUGGAUGUAUUUUUUGUAUUAACAAUAAAGAAAUACGUAUAUGUA